AUGUUAUUUGGAAUUAAUGGUCCAUAUAAAACAAAAAGAAGUAAUUUUCCUUUUAGCAUUGCAGAAUAUAAAAAAAUGACAAUUGUUGAUAAGAAAAGAGCAUUAUGGGAGAGUAUAAGAAAAAUUAGUGAACUUCCUGAUCCAAUAGCAAAAAAUAGAGGUGGUAGUAGAUUUUUAUCAAGAAGAUUUAAAAGAACUUUAAUAUUAAAACAUGAUCAUACAACAUUAUCACCUUUUGCUUUUUCACCAUCAAUUAAUACUUUUACAUUACUUGGACCAACAACAUUAUCACCAUCAUUAUUUUCUCCAUCUAUUAUUGCUCCAUAUUUAUUAUCACCACCAGUUUUAUCACCACAAGUAGGAAAUCCAAUGAUAUUUUCUCCAUACGUUCUUGGACCAAAUGUUCUUUCAGCAGCCGUUUUUAAUGCUUAUGUUUUUAGUCCAUAUGUCUUAUCACCAAAUGUUAUAAAUCCUUAUGUUUUAUCUCCUGUAAUUUUAUCACCAUUUGUUUUAUGUCCAGAUGUGUUAUCACCAACAGUUUUAUCUGGAGUUGUUUUAUCACCUUCUGUACUAUCACCUGCCGUAUUAACUGAUUCAAUUUUGGCUGCAAAUGUUUUAUCUCCAUCAUUUUUAUCAUAA